AUGACGCCAGAACUGUGGGUCGGACGGACGUCAACAUCACCGAGGAGGGGACCAAUUGGACGAGUCGAGUCAAGUGCAGGAGUGCCAAGCAGGAGUGCCAAACACCUGUGUUCAGAUCUUGACUCUGAGCGAAGUGGACGGGAUAUCAGGUCAUCCAUCCUCUGUCGCCCCUUGCUUUUUAGACGUCCUGCGGCCAACACUCGCUGUCUGUAG